AUGGCGCGCGUAGCACUGGUGCUCACAAUUUGCUUCAUGGGUUUCUACCCAUCCCUCGCGUGGUCCUCCAAUUCCAACCACACCGACUUCCUCUCGUGCCUCUCGACGAAAAUCCCCAGCCAGCUCGUGCUCACGCCGAGCUCGCGCUCGUUCAAGCCGCUCCUGGUGUCGUCCAUCAGGAACGCCAGGUUGGUGGCGCCGGCGACGGCGAGCCCCCCGCUCUGCAUCGUGACGCCCACCCAGGCGUCGCACGUCCAGGCCGUGGUGCGCUGCGGGCGCAGCCACCGUGUGCCCGUCCGCGUGCGAAGCGGCGGGCAUGACAACGAGGGCCUCUCGUACCGAUCGGCGACCCCCAACGGCGAGGCGUUCGCGGUGAUCGACCUUUCCAAGUUCAACGCCGUACGGGUGGACGCGCACGCGGCCACCGCGUGGGUCGACUCUGGGACGACGCUCGGGGAGCUCUACUACCGCGUCGCCACGGCGGCGCCCGGGCUGGGCUUCCCGGCUGGCGUGUGCCCGACCGUCGGCGUGGGGGGCCUCAUCAGCGGCGGCGGCAUGGGCCUGAUGAUGCGCAAGAACGGCCUCUCCGCCGACAACGUCCUCGACGCCACCAUGGUCGAUGCCGAAGGGAACCUCCUGCCGGACAAGAAGGCCAUGGGGGACGACCUCUUCUGGGCUAUCCGCGGGGGCGGCGGCGGGAACUUCGGCAUCGUGCUGUCCUGGAAGCUGAGGCUCGUGCCGGUCCCACCGAAGGUGGCCUUCUUCAAUGUCACCAAGACCAUGGACCAGGGCGCGGUCGACGCAGUCACCAAAUGGCAGACUAUCGCGCCGGCGCUCCCUGAAGACCUAAGCGUACGUGUCGUCAUCCAGAAGCGUCAGGCUACCUUCCAGUCCCUGUACCUCGGCAACUGCAGCGCGGUGGUGGCGACGAUGCGCAGCCGGUUCCCGGAGCUCGGCCUCACGCGUGGCGACUGCAAGGAGAUGAGCUGGUUGCAGCACAAGGCGUACCUAUACUUCGGCGACACCAGCAAAAACAUGCCGUUGGAGGCGCUCCUUCUCAACCGCUCCAUGACCAUAGGCCCCUUUGUCAAGAACAAGUCCGACUACGUCAAGAAGGCCCUCACGAGGGAUGCAUGGAAGAAGAUCUUCCUCUGGCCCGACAGCGGGGCGGUGGGGCAGCUCAUCCUGGAGCCGCACGGCGGAAUGAUGAGCCGCAUCGCCGACGACUACACGCCGUUCCCGUACCGGAGCGGCGUGCUUUACAACAUCCAGUACGUCGAGUUCUGGAACGGCACAGGGGGGCACGGCACGCCGAAAUGGCUCAGCGGCCUGUACGACGACUUCAUGGCCCCGCUGGUUAGCAAGAGCCCGAGGGGCGCGUACGUCAACUACCGGGACCUCGACAUCGGCGUGAACAAGGUGGUCGGCGGCGUGACGAGCUAUGAGACUGCCAAGGUGUGGGGUGAGAGGUAUUUCGGUCUGGCUAACUUUAAGAGACUCGCCAAGAUCAAGCGUAAGGUGGAUGCCACCGACUACUUCCGGAACGAGCAGAGCGUGCCGCCACUUCUCUUGAUCAGGGAAUGA